AUGAAAUUUUUACUUAUAACUGCUAAUGUUGGAUCAUUAUUUGAAGAGUCAUGCCGAAUACGUAAUGCUUGGCUGUCAACUUUUACACAGGUUAUCAAAGAAAGCAAUGCCCAUUUUAUUGCAAUACAUAUGCAAGAAGUUGGUGGGAAAAAUUUUGAGGAAUGUAUCAGUCAAGUACCAACUUUUUUAAAUCAUAUAUCAGGUAGCAUGCAUGAAAUGGGAUAUUCAACUGGGCGCGCUUACCUGGAUCUUGAAUUUGACUUACCUGAAAGUUACAAUGCGCUUGGCUCAUUAUUUUUCAUUAAUGAUGUGACAUUACCGCGAAUACGACAAUAUGAUUUUGUGGGAAAGCAGUUUGUUAAAUUGGAAAAAGUUUUUGAAUCAUGUGAUCAUGGCUUGUUGAAGUGUCGAAUGUUACGUAAAGCUAAAUUUCCGAAAGAUUUUUGGCCAACUGUUAAAUGGGGUCGAAAAGGAUAUAUGCAUUGUCGAUUUCGUAUUGAUCAGACUGUUUACGAUUUUGUCAAUGUACAUUUAUUUCAUGAUGAAUCUAACAUUGCAUUGAUACAUGAGAAUCCUUCACUUUAUAGUGAAAAUCGAAAACGAGCAUUAAAUUUCGUUUUGAAUGAAUUAAAACGGAAUGAAGAUGAUAAACAUUCAUAUCCGCUUUUCUUAUUUGGUGAUUUGAAUUUUCGACUCGAUUUGCAAUCAUUUUUAAAUCGUAUUACUGAUGAUACUGAUUUACGAGAAGAUUCAACAGAAUCCACUCAAUCAAGCAUCUGUAGUACCGAUGGAUGCGGUGAUUUGUUAACGGCUAGUUCACAACAUACCAAUGAGCUUAAACCAUCAACAGAUUUUAGACGAACUGUAUCAGCAAUUGAAUUUCGCCGAUCACCUGAUAAUUUCACCAGUGAUAUUCCAACCAGUUGCGUACUUCGAAUUGAGAAGAAACUUUUCGAUUACUUCAACCACAAACGAUUGCUAAAUGAAUGGCAGGGUUAUUUGGAAGAUGAUCGGGAGGCACACAAUUUCCCGUGCCUACGCGAACUUAGUAUUAAUUUUCCACCUACAUAUCCAUGGAGUGAAAAUCCGGAUGAAUCGGAAUCCCUGAUGAAGACACGUGCGCCAGCAUGGUGUGAUCGUGUGUUAAUGAAUGCACGAGCAUUAGAAAUAGUUAAACGAGAUAAAUUUGCUAAAUAUGAUAGUUUUGGAAAAGAUGUAUGCAUGGGUGAUCAUAAGCCAGUGAUGUUAUCAUUCAGCGUGAUUGUAUGA